UCUCACGGUGGUCGGUUCGAUUGAGGAAGACGACACCUUUCACUCUCUCUCUCUCUUCUUUUCAACUUGCGUCUCUCUCUGAAACGAAAUCCACUGAUUUGCUUGCAACUUGCAAGUACUAUCAGAAAACAAUUGCGGCGUUUCUUACGCAUUCCGAGGAAAAAUCUUUUUUUAAUUCUCAUUAAAUUCAACAUUCCACAUUUGCGAUAGGAACGAGUUAUGGGUUCCACGGAGAAUGAUCUAUCGCUCGCUGAAGAGGCUCUUCUUCAGGACGAAGAGAGAAAACAAUACACAGGAGAUGGAUCAGUCGACUUUAAAGGGAGGCGUGUUCUAAAGCAGAACACUGGCAAUUGGAAAGCUUGUCCAUUUAUCUUAGGCAACGAGUGCUGUGAACGUUUGGCAUACUAUGGCAUUGCAACAAAUCUUGUUACCUAUCUUACCCAGAAGUUGCAUCAAGGAAAUGUCUCUGCUGCACGAAAUGUCACCACUUGGCAAGGCACUUGCUAUCUUACACCUCUCAUUGGAGCCGUUUUGGCAGAUGCGUACUGGGGACGAUACUGGACAAUUGCUGUUUUCUCCACGAUUUAUGUCCUAGGAAUGGGUACAUUGACUCUUUCUGCAUCAGUUCCUGCACUCAAGCCUGCAGAGUGUCUGGGUACUUCAUGCCCUGCAGCUACUCCUGCACAAUAUGCUGUGUUCUUCUUUGGUCUCUACCUGAUUGCACUUGGGACUGGUGGUAUAAAACCAUGUGUGUCAUCUUUUGGGGCAGAUCAGUUUGAUGAUACUGAUGCCGAGGAAAGGAUUAAGAAGGGAUCCUUUUUCAACUGGUUUUACUUUUCUAUCAACAUAGGUGCCUUUGUAUCCAGCACUUUUAUUGUUUGGAUUCAAGAAAAUGCUGGCUGGGGUCUUGGAUUUGGCAUUCCUGCUUUGUUUAUGGCAUUAGCCAUUGGGAGUUUCUUUUUAGGCACGCCCCUUUACAGGUUUCAAAAACCAGGUGGCAGCCCUCUUACAAGAAUGUGCCAGGUUGUGGUAGCAUCUGUCCGGAAGAGAAAUCUGGUUAUCCCUGAGGAUAGUAGUGUCCUAUAUGAGACACCAGAUGAUAGCUCUGCUAUUGAAGGAAGUCGAAAACUGGAGCAUAGUGAUGAACUAAAGUGUCUUGAUAGGGCGGCUAUAGUGUCUGAUGCUGAGGGAAAAACUGGUGACUAUUCUAACAAGUGGAGAAUUUGCACUGUUACACAAGUGGAGGAAUUGAAAAUCUUGAUUCGCAUGUUUCCAAUUUGGGCUACUGGGAUUGUUUUUGCUGCUGUUUAUGCCCAGAUGUCAACAUUGUUUGUGGAACAAGGGACGAUGAUGAAAACAAAUAUUGGUUCCUUCAGGAUUCCUCCCGCUUCCCUCUCAAGUUUUGAUGUGAUAAGUGUUAUUUUCUGGGUCCCUGUCUACGACAGGGUUAUUGUUCCCAUUGCAAGGAAAUUUACAGGCAAAGAGAGGGGUUUUUCAGAGUUGCAAAGAAUGGGAAUUGGCCUUUUUGUUUCAGUCCUGUGCAUGUCAGCAGCUGCUAUAGUGGAGAUUGUACGUCUGCAGCUUGCACAAGAGCUUGAUCUUGUUGAUGAACCUGUUGCUGUACCCCUUAAUAUAUUUUGGCAAGUCCCUCAAUAUUUCUUAUUGGGGGCAGCAGAAGUAUUCACAUUCGUGGGACAGCUUGAGUUUUUCUAUGACCAAUCCCCAGAUGCCAUGCGGAGUUUGUGCAGUGCCUUGUCUCUGCUGACUACUUCUCUGGGGAAUUACUUGAGCUCAUUUAUUCUUACCGUAGUGACUUACUUAACCACACGAGGUGCAAAUCCUGGAUGGAUUCCAGAUAACUUGAACAAAGGUCAUCUCGAUUACUUUUUCUGGCUUUUAGCUGGACUUAGCUUCUUAAAUAUGUUAGUGUACGUUGUUGCUGCCAAAAGGUACAAGCAAAAGAGGUCUGCUUAAGAGUUUUCAAUCAUUUAUUUGAACUGGAAGGACGUUCUGCUAUUUCCCAAUGUCAAUGUCGUGAUUGUUCUGUAUGUGGAAUAAUGAUGUUCUGCAAUUAUGUACGUUUCUUUCACUUUAAAAGGAAAAUCUGUGUCAUGCCCGCUUCAAAACAGCCUGCUCUCUGCACUCUCAUGAAGCCUGGAAGUGAUGAGAUUACGUGAUAACCUUGUAAGCUUAUUAUGGGAAGUUAAUGUUCAAUUUAUCUACAUUGCAACAGUCACACUUGUAAUUAUUAAUGUACAAAAGGUUGACACUCCUUUUAUGCGCUCCAUCGUUUCAUAAUUCCAACAAGGAUUGAUUGUCA